AUGAGGAUGAACGGCUUGCAGUGCUGCCUGGCCUUGCUGGGUCUGUCUCUGAUCGUGUGCAUCCAGAACGCUGCCUCCCAGCCCGACCUGGACCUGGACCUGGAUCUGGACCUGCGUCAGCGCAGGCUACUCCAGAGAGCACGGGCAGCUGGCAUUGCAUCACAGGAGUGGAGUAAGCGAGCUGUGGAGGAUCUGAUAGCCCAGCUGUCUUUGCCUGAAGCAGGAGCCCAGGAAACCGAAGUUUCUACGGCUGGAGCAAAGGAAGACUUGCGCAUGGAGCUGGAGCGUUCCUUGGACAACCCUAAAGAACUUCCCCCGCGAGAGCGCAAAGCAGGCUGCAAGAACUUCUACUGGAAGGGCUUCACUUCCUGCUGA